AUGUUUGACACAGUAUGCAGUCUUCCCCUGUCCGCCGACCUCUUUGCUCAGGAAAUUCACCCAACAGAACCUCUGGUUUCGGUUGGCCUCUCCUCAGGCCACGUUCAGACAUUUCGCAUACCUCCAACGAGCGACGGCGGCCCUGGCGCAACCAAAAAUGGCUGCGGCCUUAUCGACACUGCUUGGAGAACAAGACGGCAUAAAGCAAGUUGUCGGUGCUUGGGCUAUGGAAUUGAUGGGGAGACAUUGUAUUCCGCGGGCGCAGAUGGCUGGGUUAAAGCUGCAAAAGCAGAAACUGGCGUGGUAAAUUUGAAGAUUGCCAUUCCGAGGCUUGGGGAAGGGUCUCUCGACGCGCCCACCGUAAUCCAUGCCCUUUCGCCGGAAACCCUUAUUCUCUCCACAGACUCUGGUGCUCUCUAUCUUUACGACCUACGCGCACCUCCCUCUUCGAUCUCGCAGAAACCACAGCAAACACACCAUCCGCAUGACGAUUAUGUUUCUUCACUGACGCCACUCCCCCCAUCUGAGGCAAGCACUUCCGGGUUUAGUAAACAAUGGGUUACAACCGGUGGCACUACAAUUGCUGUUACGGACUUGCGCAGAGGGAUUCUGGUUCGCAGUGAGGACCAAGAGGAAGAACUGAUAAGCUCUGUCUACGUUUCAGGAUUGAAAGCUGGUGGCUCAAGCAAAGGUGAAAAACUGCUCGUUGGAGGAGCAAGCGGAGUAUUAACUCUCUGGGAGAAAGGAGCGUGGGAUGACCAAGACGAGAGAAUUGUGGUGGAUCGGCAACUUGAUGGUGGAGAAUCUCUGGAGGUGUUAUCUUUGCUUCCUGAUAAUUUAGGAAGAGGGAAGGUUGUUGCCGUCGGUCAAUCGGAUGGGGCUGUCCGGUUUGUUCAGCUUGGAAUAAAUAAAGUCGUCUCUAGGGUUGUGCAUAAUGAGUUGGAAGGAGUUAUAGGUCUAGGGUUCGAUGUGGGAGGGCGAAUGAUCAGCGGUGGCGGGUCGAUUGUUAAAGUCUGGCAUGAAGCUGAGGAGCGAGAAGGCGAUGAUGAAAGCGGUUCGGAGGACGAGGACGUGCAAAAGCCUGAGCAAAGGUUUGUGAUGGAGAGUAAUGAGAAUGGCAGUGGUGAUGACAGCGAUGGAGGGCUAAAGCAAAGUAAGAAAAAGCGAAAGAAGAGAAAGAAGGGGAGAGGAAGAAGUCAGAGUGGUGGAGACCAUGUCAUAGCGUUUAACGAGCUCGAUUAG